AUGAACACCAUCAUCUUCAACAAGCUCAGCAGCGCCACGCUCUUUGAGGACCACGGGGCUCCGGAGCGGGAGUGGGGCGGCAGGCCCUACGGUGGCAUCCUGGACAGUACGCAUGCUCUCCCCGAGGUGGGCAUUACGGACGGCGCGCCCCUCAAGGACAACCUGGGCCUGAGACACCGCAGGACCGGGGCCCGGCAGAACGGCGGGAAGGUGAGGCACAAGCGGCAGGCCCUGCAGGACAUGGCGCGGCCCCUCAAGCAGUGGCUGUACGAGCACCGCGACAACCCGGACCCCACGAAGACGGAGAAGAUUCUCCUGGCGCUCGGCUCGCAGAUGACGCUAGUGCAGGUGUCAAAUUGGUUUGCUAAUGCAAGACGCCAGCCUAAGAAUACUGUUCGACAGCCAGAUUUAAGCUGGGCCUUAAGAAUAAAGUUGUACAAUAAGUAUGUUCAAGGAAACGCUGAGCGGCUGAGUGUAAGCAGUGAUGACUCAUGUUCUGAAGAUGGAGAAAAUCCUCCACGAAACCCCAUGAAUGAAGAAGGCUAUAAUAAUCCAGUCCACCAUCCUGUGAUUAAAAGUGAGAGCUCAGUCAUAAAAGCUGGAGUGAGGCCAGAGUCACGGGCCAAUGAGGACUACGUGUCGCCCCCAAAAUACAAGAGCAGCUUGUUGAAUCGUUACCUUAACGACUCUUUGAGACACGUCAUGGUCACAAAUGCUGCCAUGAUGGGAAAGACAAGGCAGAGAAACCAUUCAGGAUCUUUUAGUUCCAAUGAAUUUGAGGAGGAAUUGGUAUCUCCCUCAUUGCCAGAAACCGAAGGCAGUGUCAUCUAUCACACAGACAGCUCUCGGAGGACCCAGGUAUUAAGGUGGUGA